AUGGCACGAAACUCUUUCUUGAUUUCUCCUAUUUUAACCCGACGCUCCCUCCUCCUCUCCUCCACCUCACUCAUCCUCCCUUCCUCCGCCGCCUCCGCCUCCGUGCCGCCGCCGGACACCACCGUCACCGACCGCGUAUUCAUGGACUUCAACCUCUGCCCCACCUACUUCCGCUGGUCCUCCGAGCAACCCGUCCUCUGCCCCGACCCGGUUUAUCUGGGCCGGGUCGUCCUCGGCCUCUACGGCCACCUCGUCCCCGUCACCGUCGCCAACUUCAAGGCCAUGGUCACCUCCGCCGCCUACAAGGGCACAACCGUCCAUAAACUCUUCCCCGGUCAAUUCUUCCUCGCCGGCCACCAGGGCGAUAAACCCGGCGACGUGCGGCGGCCUAUUGGCCUCAUCGCCCGGAACACCGAGACUGUUGAGUCCAAGGCGUUUGAGUUGACUCACUCCAGACCGGGGCUCCUCUCGCUUAGCUUAUCGGAAAAUGACGACGAUGAUGACAUCAAGCUUGACCCGGAUUACCGGAAUGUUGAGUUCUCCAUCACUACUGGCCCCGGCCCAUGUCCUCAGCUCGAUCACAAGAACAUUGUUUUCGGCUCAGUACUUGAAGGUAUGGAUGUUGUGACGGCUAUAGCAGCUAUACCAACGUACAGACCGUCGGAGAGAAUACAGCAGUUCAACGAUUUUGCAACGUUUCUCGGAGACGAUAGAGCAAUGCAGGCACGGGCGCUGUGGAAUAAGCCGCUCAAGACUGUGUAUAUCAGUGACUGUGGUGAGCUCAAAGUUACAAAGCCUUCCUUUUCUCCUCCUAGUCUUCCUUGACAAUUUAGUAAGUUAUGUACAUUCAACAUUGCAUAUAAUGUAAAUGUUUGAAAUUGUUGCUAUUGCUCCCUGUAUCACACUGAUCACUGUGUUUCAUGAGAGGAUUCUUGAAUAUUGGAGAC